GCCGAGCAGCUGCGGCCGGGCCCGGCGAGGCCGGCGCGGGAGGGAGGAGCCGCCGCCAGCCGGCCGGCCACCGUGCGCCCGCGCCGCCGGCCUCCCGGACGCGCCACCUGGGCGUUCGCGGAAGAGCCCCAAGUUCGCCGCGGCCGGGAGUCGCCGCCGCCGCCGCCGCCGCCGGGAGCUCGGGGCCCGUCGCGCUUCCCGGUACUGUUGGCCAACUUUGCUCCGUCUCCCACGCGGCCCCCACCUCGGCGGAGGCCCGGGGCGCGGCGCGCAGCGCUCGGCCGGCCGAGCGGGCAUGGGCGGGGGCCGGCGCGGGGCCGGGGAGCCGGGGCCCGCGGCCCGAGCGGGGCAGCGGCGGCGCUGAGGGGAGCGCACCUCCCCGCCGCGGCACCUCCGCCGCCAGCAUGCCGCGGCCGGGCCCCCGCCUGUGGCUGGUCCUGCAGGUGAUGGGUUCGUGCGCCGCCAUCAGCUCCAUGGACAUGGAGCGUCCGGGCGACGGCAAGUGCCAACCCAUCGAGAUCCCGAUGUGCAAGGACAUCGGCUACAACAUGACCCGCAUGCCCAACCUGAUGGGCCACGAGAACCAGCGCGAGGCCGCCAUCCAGCUGCACGAGUUCGCGCCGCUGGUGGAGUACGGCUGCCACGGCCACCUCCGCUUCUUCCUGUGCUCGCUGUACGCGCCCAUGUGCACCGAGCAAGUCUCCGCCCCCAUCCCCGCCUGCCGGGUCAUGUGCGAGCAGGCCCGGCUCAAGUGCUCCCCGAUCAUGGAGCAGUUCAACUUCAAGUGGCCCGACUCGCUGGACUGCAGCAAGCUCCCCAACAAGAACGACCCCAACUACCUGUGCAUGGAGGCGCCCAACAACGGCUCGGACGAGCCCUCCCGGGGCUCGGGCCUGCUCCCGCCGCUCUUCCGGCCGCAGCGGCCGCACGGCGCGCAGGAGCACUCGCUCAGGGACGCGGGCCCGGGGCGCGCCAGCUGCGACAACCCGGGCAAGUUCCACCACGUGGAGAAGAGCGCGGCGUGCGCGCCGCUCUGCACGCCCGGCGUGGACGUGUACUGGAGCCGCGGCGACAAGCGCUUCGCGGUGGUCUGGCUGGCCGUGUGGGCUGUGCUGUGCUUCUUCUCCAGCGCCUUCACCGUGCUCACCUUCCUCAUCGACCCGGCGCGCUUCAGGUACCCCGAGCGCCCCAUCAUCUUCCUCUCCAUGUGCUACUGCGUCUACUCGGUGGGCUUCAUCAUCCGCCUCUUUGCCGGCGCCGAGAGCAUCGCGUGCGACCGGGACAGCGGGCAGCUCUAUGUCAUCCAGGAGGGGCUGGAGAGCACGGGCUGCACCCUCGUCUUCCUCGUCCUCUACUACUUCGGGAUGGCCAGCUCGCUCUGGUGGGUGAUCCUCACGCUCACCUGGUUCCUGGCUGCCGGCAAGAAGUGGGGCCACGAGGCCAUCGAGGCCAACAGCAGCUACUUCCACCUGGCGGCCUGGGCCAUCCCGGCCGUGAAGACCAUCCUGAUCCUGGUGAUGCGCAGGGUGGCGGGCGACGAGCUCACGGGCGUGUGCUAUGUGGGCAGCAUGGACGUGAACGCCCUCACCGGCUUCGUGCUCAUCCCGCUGACCUGCUACCUCGUCAUUGGCACUUCCUUCAUCCUCUCCGGCUUCGUGGCGCUCUUCCACAUCCGGAGGGUGAUGAAGACGGGCGGGGAGAACACCGACAAACUGGAGAAGCUCAUGGUGAGGAUCGGAGUCUUCUCUGUGCUCUACACGGUGCCGGCCACCUGUGUGAUCGCCUGCUACUUUUACGAGCGCCUCAACAUGGAGUACUGGAAAAUCCUAGCCACUCAGCACAAGUGCAAAAUGAACAACCAGACCAAAACUCCGGACUGCCUGAUGGCCGCGUCCAUCCCGGCCGUGGAGAUCUUCAUGGUGAAGAUCUUCAUGCUGCUGGUGGUGGGCAUCACCAGCGGGAUGUGGAUCUGGACGUCCAAAACCCUGCAGUCCUGGCAGAACGUUUGCAGCCGCAGGUUCAGGAGGAAGAGCAGGAGGAAACCCGCCAGUGUGAUCACCAACAGUGGGAUUUACAAGAAAGCCCAGCAUCCCCAAAAAACCCAUCUUGGAAAAUAUGAAAUCCCUGCCCAGUCUCCCACCUGUGUGUGAACUGCCUUGGGGGGUGGGGGUGGGGGGGCGGGCAGGGAGGGAAGGCCAGAGUGGAAAACUUUCCCAGACAGGAUACGGUGGCAGUCAGAGCCAAAACGUGGUGCUUUUUCCUGGUUGGCUGGUUGGGGUUUGUUUUUGUUUUUUGUUUUUUUAAAUAAAAGUAAAAGAAAAAAGUUUUUACCCUGAAAGUCAGGAUGCUGUGAUACACUGAAAGUAAAAAUGUGCUUCCA